UUGCUUUUCCUUUGUCCGUCGAGCGAGGCCAUCCCACAGGCCACAACCAGCACCUCACCGCCGCUCCACGCCCCACGCGUCGACCCAGCUCCCCCCUGCCUCGACACCGCUCGCCGCCGCCUCGACCCAGCUCUCCGCUCCCCGCCUCGACGCCACUCCCCGCCGCUGCCUCGACGUUACCUCCGAGCUUUUCCAGUUGGUGCUUAA